AUGUCUCACACCAUUUUGCUGGUACAGCCCCACCAAGAGGUCAGAAGGCAGGACUUACGCUAUGAGUCUGUGAAUGAGUGCACGGAAGAUGUUUGUAAAAUGUAUGAAGAACAUCUGAAGAGAAUGAAUCCCAACAGCCCCUCCAUCACAUACGAUAUCAGUCAGUUGUUUGACUUUAUCGAUGAUCUGGCAGAUCCCAGCUGUCUUGUUGACCGAGCUGAUACACAGACGUACCAGCGUUAUAACAAAGACUGGAUCAAAGAGAAGAUCUAUGUGCUCCUUCCUCGACAGGCCCAAAAGGCUGGGAAGUAGUUGAGUUGGAAGCAUUAGGGGCUGGGGGUGGGAACAGGUGCAUACAGCAUGCUGUAGUGAACAUUUUGUA